GUAAAUGUUCUAGGCGAACUGCAUGUGAAGUUUAGAACAGCCUCUGUACAUGCGCAAAUGAUGUCCCUAAUUCUCACAGACUAGCCUUUUUGCUUUGACGAUGGCAUUAAACUGCAGCACAUUUAGACGCCUUAUCUUAGGAGCACAGACCGCGGCUGAGGCCUGCACAAAGCGGGCAGUUCAACAGACAUGUGGGAGAUACAGAGGAUGUCGAUGGUACUCUGGUGUCACUCAUGAAGAGAAAACUCUAGAGCAGGUCGGAGAGCUUAUGGUUCCAGGUAGUCAGAGGCGAGUCCUGAAGGAUGUCCUGCCUUUCUCAGCAUUUCUUAUAGACUCCUUUGGACGCAGGCAUAAUUACCUUCGCAUAUCUCUCACUGAAAAAUGUAACCUCCGCUGUCAAUACUGUAUGCCUCAGGAAGGGGUAAUGCUUACCCCUCGCUCUCAGCUCCUAACAGCAGAAGAGCUGUUGAUAAUAGCCAGACUCUUUGUACAAGAGGGGGUAAACAAAAUACGACUGACUGGAGGAGAACCUCUCAUUCGCCCAGACAUUCUGCCUAUAAUAGCGGAACUUAGGAAGUUGGAGGGUCUGAAGACCAUUGCAGUGACCACAAAUGGGAUGAAUUUGACCCGACUGUUGCCCAGUCUAAAGAAAGCUGGAGUGGAUCUACUCAACAUCAGUCUAGACACUCUGGUCCCUGCAAAAUUUGAGUUCAUCGCUAGACGAAAAGGGUUUCAUAAAGUGAUGGAGGGCAUUGAAAAGGCUAUCGAAAUGGGCUACAAUCCAGUCAAGGUGAACUGUGUGGUCAUGAGAGGUUUGAAUGAAGAUGAGUUGAUUGACUUUGUGUCACUGACAGAGAGGAAACCAUUGGAUGUGAGAUUCAUAGAGUACAUGCCUUUUGACGGUAACAGAUGGAAUUUCAAGAUGAUGGUGAGCUAUCAGGAGAUGCUGGACUCUAUAAAGCAAAAAUGGCCCAAUCUGGAGCCUGUGCCUGGAGAGGAAACUGAUACAACCAAGGCGUUUAGAGUACCAGGAUUUCGGGGCCAGCUGGGCUUCAUUACCUCCAUGUCAGACAACUUCUGUGGCUCCUGUAACCGCCUGCGCAUCACGGCUGAUGGCAACCUUAAGGUUUGUUUGUUUGGAAAUUCAGAGGUGUCUUUGAGGGAUUUUCUGCGCUCUGGAGCAACUGAAGAGGAACUACUGCACAUCAUAGGGGCAGCAGUCGGGAGGAAGAAGAAACAGCAUGCGGGGAUGUUCAAUAUAUCUCAGAUGAAGAACAGGCCAAUGAUCCUCAUUGGUAGAGAGCUCAAAUGGCUGCUGUCAGUACAUCUAUUUAGAGGCAGUCAGAGGCAGCCUCUUCCUCUGAUCCACUACAUGGUUCCAGCAUCCUCUGCAACAACUCACUCAUUAACAAAUUGCAUUCAACCCUUUUGUGGCAAUGCCCAUCAGGACUACACAAGCACUUUUGUCUAUGAUGCACUAGGUUUGACUCCUCUUUGUAAAAAGCAUAAUCGACCAAGGUUUCAUUCUAUGAAAAGAUUGAACAAUCAAAGGCAAAUUUGUGCAGCCUCAGACUUACUUUGCAGUGAAGUGAUGACUGAAUCUUAUCAAGUGAAUGCUGGUGCCUUAAAAAACCCCACAGCUUCAACUCUUCAUAUGCACAUUUUACGCAGGGGGUCUCAGCCACCACAGUUACAGUCCAAAACAUUUCCUCCCAUCCUCUUUCAUAGUGCACUACUGUCAACGUCCAAAUUUAGAGAUUCAGCUCUGCAGUUUUCACGUCACUACCAUAAAAAAAACCCUGAAUAUGGGUUUGAUUUGAAAACACCACAUACAGAUGCACAGUCCUCCAGCCUUGAUGGGACCUCUGAUAAGUUGACCCACACUGAUGCACAGGGUAAAGCCUCCAUGGUCAAUGUGGGCAGUAAGGCGGUGACUUGUCGUACAGCCAUGGCUUGUGGCAGGGUCGUCCUGGGCCCAAAAGCUUUUAAUUUGUUGUGAGCCAACCAGCUUGCCAAGGGCGAUGCACUAGCGGUAACACAGCUAGCGGGCAUCAUGGGUGCCAAGCAGACUUCAUCUCUCAUUCCCCUCUGCCACCCGCUUCCUCUUGACCACGCCUCCAUUACCAUAGAGUUGCUGGAGGAAGAACAUACUGUCAUCAUCAAGGCAACCUGCCAAACCACGGGCCGCACAGGAGUGGAGAUGGAGGCGCUGACUGCCGUUGCGGUGGCUACGCUAACCCUCUAUGACAUGUGAAAAUCAGUCAGCCAUAACAUUGUUAUUACUGACAUCAAGUUGCUCAGCAAGACGGGUGGGCAGAGAGGGGAAUUUAAUUGGUCACCUGAUUCCUAAAGAAUGCAUAAACCGCUGGCUUAAUUUCACCUGUUUGAAUGUAGCUACAGUAUUUAUUUUUCUGUUUAGAAUGACAACAGUUUUCUGUAACAAAAUGUGCCUUCACAUGCCUCUAAUUAAUCUACUUAUUUUCAUUUUUACUAUUCCUUUGUCCAUGCCCUUUGUCCAUGAAAAAUACUUUAUUUCAGUUUAUAUUUAUUUUGAUAAUGAUAAUGCAGCUAAUUAUACUGCAUUGAGAAAGGUUGUCACAGUUUUCACCAGUUGAGCAAACUUAUAUUAUCACUGAAAAGUGGUUAAGCAAAACCAAGCAGCAAAUGUUUGACCUCUGUGUGAACCAUCCCUUUAAACUAAAACACAACCAAAAUGCAGCUUUAUAGAGUGCUCCAGGGUUUACACAUUUUGCAGGUCAAUAAACCAGGAACAAGCAUUUUAGCAUGUCUGGUAUGGUUUUCAUGUCUGUUUUUUGGCUUAAGGCCUGCAACAUAUUCUAACUCAAACCUCAAAUUUUCUGGGAUUUUUUUUCUUCUUUUUAAUAAAUUAAGGCUGAAAAACUUGUUGGAAGCUUCUUUACAGUCUUUGUUUAGCUUUUUACUUUUUUUUAGAUUGUAUUUGGGAUUCAUAAAGGUGUGAAAGAAUUUGUGUAAGAAUCAAUGUAAGAAUCACUGAGUAAGAAUCUGAUGUAAGAAUCAAACAUUUGUUUUUAAUGGUUUGGCAUACAAAAAUAUUUCAUCACUGCAGCACUCUUCAGAAGGCUUGCAUUGAAAAUUCCCAAUUGGUGUAAACGUGUUACAGUAUUAAAAAUCCCCUUUCUUUUAGGUUACAUUAUUUUUGUUUUUGUGUAGUCUUUCAUGUAACAUGAGCAGAACAAAUUCAUUACAACAUUUGUGACAGUAGUUUUAUCAACUAACAUUCUGCUUGUGUUUCAUGAACAAGGCCCAUAUUUUAUAAAAUAACAUUUUCCAUAUUCAAGUGUUUUUGAAAAGGAAUAAUUUCAUGAUAUCCUGCUAAAUAAAAGCACAAACUGUAAAUUCACCCUGUGACUUGUUCCAAACAAACAAGAAUACAAUGAAUUUUUCUUUUAUAUAUAACACUGAAAUCAUUAAAUGUCAGAAUGAUGUUCAUCAUAAUUUUCUAAUAUAAUUGAUGUUUACAAUGUGUAAAAUGUUCCAUGUUUCAAAUGCAAUAGUUGUUUUGGAUAAAAUGUUUGAAUGAUA